AUAUAAUAUAAAAAACGGGUAAUCGCAGUCGUGCUCCCCAGUUGUUUACCAAGCGUGAACGCAGGCAGAGAUUAGUGGAGAUUAGAGGAAAAACCCGGGAAAUGGCACUCAAGUUUGCAGCGAAUCUGAACUUUUUGUUCACCGAACGAGCGGCGACGAUCGCGGAGCGGAUCAGGCUGGCCCACCAGAGCGGCUUCCGGGCGGUGGAGAUUCCCUAUCCGGAGGGCGAGACGGCGGCAGUGGUGGCCGCCGUCAAGGAGACGGGCGUGGUGGUCAGCCUGGUGAAUCUGGCCUUCGACAAAACGGAUGACCAGCUGCGCUUUGGAUCCACCAGCGUUCCAGGAUCGGAGAAGCUCUUCCGCAGCCAACUGGACGCCACCAUUGAGUUUGCCCGCCAGGUGCAGUGCGGCAAGAUCCAUCUCACCGCCGGCCUCUUCAAGGGAUCUCCUGCCCAGGAGGCGGACUACACGAAGACCUACACUUCCAACCUGAAGAUCGCCGCCGAAAGCCUGAAAGCGAACCAGCUAAUCGGCGUGAUUGAGCCAAUUAACAAGUACGCCGUGCCCGGCUACUUCAUGAACUCGUACGCCAAGGCCGCCGGAGUGCUGGCCGCCGUGGGUGCGGACAACAUCCGGCUGCUGGCCGAUCUCUACCACCUGCAGCACCUGCACGGCAACGUUUCGAAGACGCUCGAGGAGUACAAGUCGCUGAUUGGGCACUUCCAGAUCGCCCAGGUGCCGCAUCGCCACGAGCCUGAUGUUCCCGGGGAGCUGGACUACGGCUACGUCUUCAAGGCGCUCCAGGAGUUCGGCUACGAGGACUGGGUGGGCUGCGAGUACAGGCCCAAGACGACGACGGUGGAGGGCUUGGGAUGGGUCACCAAGCUGGGCUACACACUGUGAUCGCGAUCACUAAGGAUCCUUGAGAUGACGUUGCAUUUAUACACAUGUAUUUACACUCUUAACAAAACAUAUAUAAAGCUGGUUGAACCAA